GCAGGGCAAAAGCCGGAAGCGCGCGCCAAGGGUUGAGCCCAUCGAUGGGACGGGUAUAUAAACUACGGGGUUGCCUCGACCAGACGUCAUUCGAACAAGCGCAUUCGAAGAGAACGCUACGCUUCGCUCACUCGCUCGCUUCGUUCUCAAUACUCUUUCUCGCGCCAAAUUCGAAACUACGUACGUGUGAAUUUUGUGUCCUGUUUUGGUGGGAAAAUUGGAUUUUUGCCAGAACCCAAGCGACCGGCAAAAAUAACUUGGAAACAACACACUGCCAAAAAAAGCUCGAAUUAGCUGCAACCAUAGGUUUCUACAUCACCAAAACAAAACUCGUCGAAACAAUGCAGACCGCUCAGUCAGUCCCAGUGAGGUACGGGCCUUCCUCCGAAUGGGCCCAGCCAACAACCACCAUCUACAGAUCCAGAAGACAGGAAGAUUCUCUUCCCAAAGAUCCGAGACAUUGGUCGAGAGAGCAUGUGGCGCAAUGGCUUAAUGAGGUCGCGUCCACGCACGGCCUACCGGAAGUACCGCAAACAAGGUUUCUUAUGAACGGCAAAGCUCUCUGCUUGAUGUCCCCCACGAUGUUCCUGAGUCGAGUACCUCUCGGUGGAAAACUUCUGUACAAGGACUUCCAGCUGAGGCUAUGCGCCGCAAUGUACUCCGUGGAUUGAGUCAUGUUUUUAGCGCCUAGACUAAUUUAUUAAUAUCAUUAUGUUUAUGUUUUUCAAUUACAAUUAC